UGGAGUGUAUUUUUAUUAUUUGUAACUUAGAAGGCGAAUGUAUCGUUUCGUUUCAUGUCGUAAAUUGUUCGUAUUUUUUAGUUGUGUAGUCCCGUAUUAUGGCGCCGCUGUCUCACUGUUUAUGUCCCUGGUUAUAGCUAGUUUAUAUAUAUUUCGUUUAUAUUGUUGUCAUUGUUUAUAGUAAGUGUCUUUUUAUAAUAUUCUGUUGCAUGUUUCGUCGUGUUUGGUUUGUUAUCCGUGAAUUAGGGACUAUUUGUUUACGUGUAGCGUGUGAGGUGUGUGGAAGUCGGGUUCCGGCUUGUUCAACUCUGUCUUUUGUGUGUAAAGCUGCGGUGAAGGGAGCAGGCAGUCUCUCUGGUCAUCGGGUGAAAAGAAUAGCAAAUUCGCACCAUCCAGCCAUAUUUAUUUUGUGUUUGUGUUCGUCGUAGUCCUGGUAAGUUAGAUAUAAGUUUAUUUCUUUACUAUGUCUAUUUUUUGCUAUGCUCUUUAUUUUGGUUACUGGCCAUAAGUUUUUUUGUGGUUGUCUUCUGACCGCCAUUGUGGUCAGGCCAUGUGGACUCAGAUUCUGAGUUUUUAUGGUCAUUUUAUUACUUUGAUUGUAUCCCUUGGGCUGGUGUUAAGCCAGGGAUAAAGGUAUUUUUAGACUUGACCCACAGUCACGGUUCGUUCCGGACUGUCGGGUUUGGUUAUAAUAUUGUUAUCUUUUUAGUGACCUUUCGCUUCCUGUGGUGAUCAUGUUGAUCCCCAGGAGAGUGUUCGGUUCGUUCUAGUCACUGUGAAGGUACACUUGUUUUUAAUAGAUUUUAUUUUACUUAGCCUUUUGUUAGGCUGGUAACUGUGUUGAGCUAGUAGUUUGAGCUCAGUGUCCUGGUAGUGUUCCAGUUAAUUGUUAAAGUAUAUUCUGUGGGGACUACCUGCAGGCGGUGGAGAUGUAAUCCAGCCAGCCUGUGGUUAAUGCUUUGUAUAUAACUUUUCUUUGUAAAGUAAUUAAUUUAUUUGUUUUCCUUUUUCUAGGACGUAGUCCGAAAUUGGGUGUUGUGUUUGAUGUAAAAAGUUUGUUUCGUUUGGUUCUGUUUUGUGUCAGUUUAUAUCUAUUCUUUUUUUAUAACUUUUGGUUCCAUGCAAUAAAUUUUAUUAAAUUGUUAAAAGUUUUUGUUUUAUUUUAGUAGCUUAUUAUUUAGACUAAGGUUAGGGUUUAACCACUGUGGGUUCUACCACGGUUGCACUGACCGGACAGAUUAGUUAGUUAAGCCUAGAAGGGUAGAUUUUAGGUAUCCCCCCCUAGCAGGGCUUACAAAUUGGUAGCACGAGUGGGGUCAGUGCUUUAGUCUAGUUAAAUUUUUGUUUUUCUAGGGCUAGUGUAGCUUAGAUAAAUUUUUGUUUCUUGAUAGGCCCUUUAUGGAACCAUAUGUGUUUAGUUUUUGUUUAGUGUAGGAAUUGUUUGUAGUCUUAACACCCAAUUCGGACGAGAUGGCGGAGGUGGCACAAACCAUCAGCAUCGUUCCACCCAGGGAGAUCCUCAUCCGGAAGUUUCAUGGGGACAGCCACGGCUAUGAGGUGGAACGAUUCAUUGACGAGAGGAAGGACCUUCUCUGGCAGUACCUGGGGGAAGCUGUGAGAGAAGAACUGAGCUGCAGGGGAGAUGACCUGCAACGUGACCCAGAGGCCUCCAUCAGGCUCCUCCGAGAAGUCUAUGGGGAGAAGAGGAGCGUCUCCCAGCUAAUGGCGCAACUCCAAAUGGUUGUGCAGGGCCAACACGAGUCGGUGAGGGCCUACUCGCACCGCCUGCACAGGGCCUUCAAGGCCCUUGUUGCCAGACAGGGCACCCUGCAAGUCCCUCAGACGAAUGCUGAGUUCCUAAGGGACCAGUUUAUGGAAAAGCUGAGCCAGUCCUCAGUCAGACGUCAGUUGCAAGAACUAGUUUUCAGGGACCCUAAGAUCCCCUUCCUGGCCAUACGGGAUGCGGCCAUUCGAUGGUCUGGAGACGAGGACCCAGGGACAGAACCUGCCUAUGUGGCAGCUCUACAUGCCCGCCCCAAGGAAGAAUCCACCCUGCCCAGGUCUAAGCUGGAAGACAGGGUGGACAAGCUCGCAGAGCAGCUAUCGGCUCUGUUGACUCAGUUGGCACAGAACCCUCAAGUGUCAUCUAGCCGAAGGGUACCCCGCCGACGUCCAGAGGCGGAAACAAGAAUGUGUUACAAUUGUAACCAGCAAGGUCACCUCGCCCGCAAUUGUCGAAACUCAAAGAAGCAGGAGGCCGCAGUGAUUCAGAGUCUUACUACUGCUGGUGGGCAGAGCCCAAGCUCCACCAUUCACAAGCUGGCUGGACAGUGCCCCACCCUGACUGUGUAUUUACAAGGUGUACCGGUGACGGCCGUUAUAGACAGUGGUUCACAAGUCAGCACGGUCACUGAAACAUUUUGUAACAGGAGCCUCAAGAACAUUAUCCUAAGAACAGACACACCCCUGUCCUUGAGGGCAGCAAAUGGGUUGGCCAUCCCAUACAAUGGCUAUUUUAUUACUGACCUGGAGAUCAACAAGGAAGAAAUACGCGACAAGGGGUUCCUUGUGAUAAAGGAUCCAGUGGGUGGCUCAUCAGCUCCACCCUGUUUGUUGGGCAUGAACGUUCUCCAGGACCUGACCACAUUGGCCCACCUGAUCAAGCCCCCAGGGGUGACACCGAAGGUAUGGCGAGGGGACAGGGCCCUCCGCCCCCGCGAAAGGACUCUGGUGUCUGCCAAGAGUGUACCAACCAUUCAGGCGACGAAAGGAGACCCCGGAAUGAAGGACGACAAGGUGGUACAGCCAUUAGACCAACCUUUCCACCCAGAUCCGUCAGUGGUAUCAGGCCCAACAUCCUGCCUACGCGCCAGCAUAACCAGUAUAAAGGUGGACCAAUCUGAGGAACUAGAGGCAAUGGUUCCACCUAACCCAUCCUUAAUUAAGGCACCGGGUGGUGGUGCUGGGGGAUGCCCCCAGACAGAGUCGAGCAAGAAGGACAAGCAGGUCAAAAAGGCACCUGUAGCUGAACUGGCCAUAGGCGAUCUGGUCCUUCUGAGACAACCCCCACUAGGCAGACGCAAAAUGGCGGACCUGGACGACCCGACAGCUUACGUCGUGGUCGAAGUACCUCCGAUCACCGGCGGGUGUUACGCCAUUAAGAAGAAAGAUGGCCCUUCUGGCACCCGCCGGGUGGCCAGCACCCAGAUCACGAGAUAUGUGCCUCCCCGGGCUCAACCACCCUCCCCAAGGCCGGUCAAAGUGAUACCGCCGGCUACUCCAGGCUACAGCCACAUAAUUUAUAAGGUCCAAUUGCCGGGGACCAGAGCAGCCGGUAACCCCACAGUACCUGACAUACCUCUGCGUAGGUCGGUCAGGGAGCGCAGAGUCCCUAGUAGGCUAGACUUGUGAUUGUGCCCUGUGGGCUGAUUUUUUUGACAAUGUUUUUUUGUAAAAUUUAUGAUCGUGCCCUGUGGGCUGAUUUUUUUGCAAGUUCUUUUGCAAAGUUUUGUUUUUUGUAACAUGUAUGAUUAUGCCCUGUGGGCUGAUUUUUUUGCAAGUUCUUCCUGCAAAGUUUUUUGUAACAUUUAUGAUUAUGCCCUGUGGGCUGUUUUUUUCAAGUUUGUUAGCUUGCGGUGACCGCAAGCUUUAGGGGGCGUGUAUGUGAGCGGCUGGAGUGUAUUUUUAUUAUUUGUAACUUAGAAGGCGAAUGUAUCGUUUCGUUUCAUGUCGUAAAUUGUUCGUAUUUUUUAGUUGUGUAGUCCCGUAUUAUGGCGCCGCUGUCUCACUGUUUAUGUCCCUGGUUAUAGCUAGUUUAUAUAUAUUUCGUUUAUAUUGUUGUCAUUGUUUAUAGUAAGUGUCUUUUUAUAAUAUUCUGUUGCAUGUUUCGUCGUGUUUGGUUUGUUAUCCGUGAAUUAGGGACUAUUUGUUUACGUGUAGCGUGUGAGGUGUGUGGAAGUCGGGUUCCGGCUUGUUCAACUCUGUCUUUUGUGUGUAAAGCUGCGGUGAAGGGAGCAGGCAGUCUCUCUGGUCAUCGGGUGAAAAGAAUAGCAAAUUCGCACCAUCCAGCCAUAUUUAUUUUGUGUUUGUGUUCGUCGUAGUCCUGGUAAGUUAGAUAUAAGUUUAUUUCUUUACUAUGUCUAUUUUUUGCUAUGCUCUUUAUUUUGGUUACUGGCCAUAAGUUUUUUUGUGGUUGUCUUCUGACCGCCAUUGUGGUCAGGCCAUGUGGACUCAGAUUCUGAGUUUUUAUGGUCAUUUUAUUACUUUGAUUGUAUCCCUUGGGCUGGUGUUAAGCCAGGGAUAAAGGUAUUUUUAGACUUGACCCACAGUCACGGUUCGUUCCGGACUGUCGGGUUUGGUUAUAAUAUUGUUAUCUUUUUAGUGACCUUUCGCUUCCUGUGGUGAUCAUGUUGAUCCCCAGGAGAGUGUUCGGUUCGUUCUAGUCACUGUGAAGGUACACUUGUUUUUAAUAGAUUUUAUUUUACUUAGCCUUUUGUUAGGCUGGUAACUGUGUUGAGCUAGUAGUUUGAGCUCAGUGUCCUGGUAGUGUUCCAGUUAAUUGUUAAAGUAUAUUCUGUGGGGACUACCUGCAGGCGGUGGAGAUGUAAUCCAGCCAGCCUGUGGUUAAUGCUUUGUAUAUAACUUUUCUUUGUAAAGUAAUUAAUUUAUUUGUUUUCCUUUUUCUAGGACGUAGUCCGAAAUUGGGUGUUGUGUUUGAUGUAAAAAGUUUGUUUCGUUUGGUUCUGUUUUGUGUCAGUUUAUAUCUAUUCUUUUUUUAUAACUUUUGGUUCCAUGCAAUAAAUUUUAUUAAAUUGUUAAAAGUUUUUGUUUUAUUUUAGUAGCUUAUUAUUUAGACUAAGGUUAGGGUUUAACCACUGUGGGUUCUACCACGGUUGCACUGACCGGACAGAUUAGUUAGUUAAGCCUAGAAGGGUAGAUUUUAGGUAUC